GCAAAAGUGCAUCUGCUGUUCAAUGCAAUUAUUCUUUUCGCGCCUUUAUUGUCAGGGAAGGGAUCGAAAUUCAGAAAAUCUUUACUCUUUAGUCGUUAAGUGUAUAAUCGUCGUUCGUCGUCGUUGGACGUUGGUGUCGUGGUUUUUCAUUGAAGUCUUUCACUGUUUUCUGAUUUUCUCUUACCAUUUUCUUCAACAUGCCUCAGCCGAAAUGGUACAACAAAUCUCUAUCAGAAUUGUGUAUGGACAGUAUCGUCGAUAACAUGGAGAAAUGGACGGCAUUGCGUAACUCGGAGCACGUUUCCUGUCAUUUUUAUCAUCUACCUUCACAUUGUCUGGAGUACAUUAUUCGAUGUCUCAUAGAAAAGGGAAGGCUAAAAGAGGAGAUGUUGGAAUUACUCAUCAACCCACAUUCGAAAGUUCUUGAUUUAUCAACAACUUAUACAUUUGUGCAGGAAAGUGAUCUCGAAAGAAAUCUUCAGAUUGUGCGCAUAGCUUCAGUCAGAUGUUCGCAACUAACUACAUUAAAGAUUGGUGGUUAUCAUGAUGACAGUGUAAAAAUAUUGGAAGACGAUAUUUUUUUUUCCAUGUUGCAGCUAUUUGAACACUUGCAAGUUCUUGAUUUGUCUUACUCAACAUAUGGUGCUAGUUGCAUGCAAAGUCUUGGAGCAACUCGUAAACCAAUACUAAGGGAGUUACUAGUUGAUUGCUGCCCCAAUGUAACGGAUACCGUAAUGCUUGAGUUUUGCAUCGGACAAAGGUCCCUUUACAAAUUAUCCUUUAGGAGAACAGCAGUGACUUCUGUCGGAAUUAAAUUUGCCAUCGAACAUUUAACGGAACUGAAAGAAAUAGCAUUUGACGAAGAGCACAAUAUCCUCAAAAUCUUCCGUGACAUUCACAAUGAAUCCAGAGAAUCGAAAAAAUAUUCGUUCACCAUGUUGUCUAUUCCACGUUACGUUCCUUACGACAAAGGCGGCAUUUCGUUGAUGGUUUCCAUGUGUCCUGCCCUAGUCCAUCUUGUCAUGCACACGAUUGAAGGAAUUACGGAUGUGGAGUUGUUAGGUUUUCGUGAACUUAAACAAAUCAAAAGUCUCAUAUAUUUUCCUGGCAGUUUUUUGACGUUCCCUUUUCACGGCGGUGUAGUUCCUAUUCUUCGAGUCCAUGGCUAUUCAUUAGAAUGCUUACACUUGCCUCCGGUUCCGAGCGGAAAAGUACAUUUAAUCAUCGAGUGCUGCCCAAAUAUUCGGAGACUUUAUCUUUCUAUAGAAGAUAGGCCUAGUGACAUUGCCGAGCAAGAAGAAGAUCUUAGGUCCCAUGAAGCAGCUCCGUUAAGGAUGUUGGAAACCCUCGUUCUGCUUAGUUCUACUUACAUUUCGCCAUUCGUCAUUUCUCCCGAGAUUUUGGUGUUUCUCUUGUCUUCCCCUGCUCUUACCAUUUUAACCAUUUGGAAUUGUCACACUCUUACUGACCAGAUAAUUGAGAAAGCUUGCGCUAGGAACACCUUCAAAGAUUUGACCAAGCUAGAGUUUUUAAAUUGUCGUAAUGUUAACCAGAAAGGCAUCGAUUUCUUCAUGAACGAAAUGAAUCCCUUGUCAAGAAUUAUUUUGGAAAGAUGUGGUGAUCUGGACAUUUUGCGAUUGAAAGAAAUGGCAAAAGAGAAGAAUUGGAAUCAGGUACAAGUGUUAAAUCAUUGAGAUUGAUUGCAACAAAAGUGCGUUCUCCAAAUUCCGAAGCUCCUUAACCUUCCAUUUUAGUUUCAAACACUAAUUUCCUCUGUUUCAUCUGCCGCCACACAAUUCUCGCUAUCACACGUAAUAAUUACUGUAGUAGUGUUUGUUUUAACUAUUUACUUGUACUUUUACUUAUUUUUGUG